GGAAUCUCCGGCCUCAUUAGACAAAAAUGGAGCCCCGUCCCUUGGUACGGUACCUUAUAUGAGAAUGGUAUGAGACACAGCUAUUGUCAUCCUUAAUUUUCAUCAGGAGACCCAGAAGAAAGAGGGGUUUACACGGUCAACAAGGAAGGAGGCCUCACCCCUGCAGAAGCAGGAACUAGAGUCCACCCUGGAUAACAACUGUUAGUGAAAACAUGGAGGGCCAAGAUGAGAAAUCCCAGACAUCUAGACCUUCGGACUCCAAAUCCUUGACUAUUACUUCCUCAACUCCCCAGCUAUUAAAGUCUGAGUUGCCUACUGAGGAAUUGAUGGGGAAGGGACAGAAGCUUGACACUCUGUCACCAAACAUUUGGUCUGAUGAAGAUAAUGAUGAAAUAUUGGAGACCACAGACAGUGAUGAACUGAAGGAUAAAGCCCCCCCUGAUCGACCAUACUGGGCCAAUAAAAUUGAAUACCUUCUGGCCCAGGUGGGCUUCUCUGUGGGGCUGAGCACCAUCUGGCGCUUUCCUUACCUGUGUUUUCACAACGGAGGUGGCAGUUUUCUCAUCAUCUACAUCCUCAUGCUGUUCUUGAUCGGGGUUCCUCUUCUAUUCCUGGAGAUGGCAGCUGGUCAGAGAAUGCGUCAGGGCAGCAUUGGUGUAUGGAAGGUCAUCAGCCCCUGGAUUGGUGGUGUGGGGUAUACCAGCUUCAUGGUGUGCUGCAUUGUGGGCUUGUACUACAGUGUGCUCAUGGCCUGGAGUCUCUUCUAUUUAGUUCAGUCUUUCCAGUCUCCACUGCCUUGGUCAGUGUGCCCCUUACUGAGGAACUCCAGUACUUACGAUCCUGAAUGUGUGCGGACAACAUCCACUACGUACUUUUGGUACCAGAAUGUAUUGAAGGCCACAGACAAAAUCGAAAUGGGUGGGCUACCAGUUAAGCAUCUCAGUGUCUCUGUCUUUGUGACCUGGUUAAUUAUCUGCAUCUCCAUGAUCAGAGGACCCAAGUCCUCUGGAAAGAUGCUGUAUGUCUCAGUGAUCCUUCCCUACUUCAUCCUUCUCUGUCUCCUUAUCCGGAGUCUCACGCUGGAGGGUGCAAAAUUUGGUCUCGACAGUUUGUUGGCUGCCCAGGUGCCAGCUCUGUACUCUGUGGAAGUGUGGCGCCGGACAGGGAACCAGAUCUUUUUAUCCAUGGGCCACGGCUUUGGCAGCUUCAUCGCAAUCAGCUCAUACAUCCCUCGAUCCAACAACUGUGUCAUGGAUGCCUUUGCUGUGGCUCUCCUCAACUUGGUUGCCUCACUGACCGCCAUGGUGUUUGUAUUUGCCACAAUGGGCCACUUGGCCACAAAGAACAACAACAAAUGUUACGUAAAGAAUGCCAAGACAGUGAUGAAUCUGAUAGUUACCGGGGUGCUGCCUCCUGAGGUCCAGCCCCCAGACAGUCUGUAUUAUGAGCCAAGCUCCAUCUACCCCAAAUGGUUCAAGAACCUUCCUGAACAAAUGAAAAGCAUGAUCCUUCCCCAUUUGUCCAAUUGCAACUUAUCUGAACAAUUGAAGGAGGUUAUGGAGGGUCCUGGUGUGGCCUUUGUGGCAAUCACUGAUACCAUCUCUGUGUUUUCUGGAUCCACUCUCUGGGCCAUCGUCAUCUUCGUGUUGCUGGCAAACCUGGGGCUGAGCACCAUGAUAGGGAUCAUGCAGGGCAUUAUUACCCCUCUCCAGGAUACCUUCGCUUCCCUCAGGAAACAGACAAAACUGCUUACAGUGGGCAUCUGUGUGCUUAUGUUCCUGGGCAGCCUCAUUUUUGUGAGACCUUCUGGCAGCUACUAUGUGAACCUGCUGGAUGAUUACUGGGCAUCUCUGCCCCUCCUCCUCAUUGUCAUCUUGGAGAAUGUGGCCAUGGCCUGGAUCUAUGGAGCCAGGAGGUUCCUUGCAGACCUGAUUAUCAUGUUGGGCCGCCCCAUCUCCCCCAUCUUUCGUUGGCUGUGGUGCUUUCUGUCUCCAUUUGUGCUGCUAGUCCUGUUUGUAAACACCCUGAUUCAUCUGUGUCGGAAGAACAUCACCUACUUGGCCUGGGACUCAAGCAUUUCAAAUGAGGUGAUCCGAACUUACCCAUCAUGGGCUAAAGUCUUGCUCAUCAUCUCCAUCGUCAUUACCAUCUUGCCUAUCCCUGCCUACUUCCUGUACACACUCAUUGAUGUGGCUUUUCCAGUCUCUGUGAUUCACAGUGAGGUCACAGUUAUCUUCAAACCUGAAGCUAAAGGGAACUCGCUGAAGCCCCAUCCACAGCUUCAGGUGAUGCAAAGUCAAAAGGUUGAUAAAAUGGAUAAAUAACCAGGGAAAAACCUCUCUGCCAUGUGAGUAAUUCAUCUUGGAAAUAAAGACUUGGUUUAUUUGGCAAAA